AUGGCAUACAUCGAUAUCGGCGAAUGGACCCCGGAGCACGUCGCCAAGUGGUCGCGAGGCGUAGAAAAUUGGGUUACUCCAUAUAUGCAUCUCUUCCUGGAGCACAAGAUCAAUGGGCACCGUCUGUUGUCGCUGAGCUGGGAGGACCUGACGAAUAUCGGUAUCACCAAGCUCGGUCACCAAGAAACCAUUCUCGAAGCUGUGGACAAUCUGCAUAAUCUGCAGUAUAACCUCACGACCGAAAACCUCCAAUCGCUAGCUUUCCGGAUGGGUUGUCAUGCCCGCAGUCUCCACAACGCCAUCCAGCUCCAAAUUCUUCGCGUUCCCCAGCCCAAGAACAUCAACACCGAAAUCCUGGCGGCGUCCUGCGAAUUGAUCUCAUCGGUGAAGCAAUUCAUCUCGUGGAUCGAUAGGCCCCCGUUCAAGGGCCAAGAACAAUAUCAGAAAACUCGAAAAACCGUUUUGCGACUGGCUCUCGAGCUCGCUUCGACAGCGCAACGAGACCAUUUCGCCGAUAACCCGUUGGGAUUGAUUAAGCAGAAAUGUCUCUGUUUGGCAGAAAUCAGCGAUUUCGUCGUUCAGGAGUACGCCGAUUCGCUGAUCACGCAACCUGCGUCUAUCGAAGUCGUUUCGGCUCGGAAACCCCGGCAAGAAGACGACUGGGGCAUGCAAAUCACCACAAAGUUCGGCGGCGUCCACAUCGUCCGCAGCGUCAGACUCAAAAGUCCGGUCCAGCUCUGCGCGAAAGUGGAAGAAGGCGACGAAAUAGUUCAGAUCAACUUGCAAACGAUACUCGGUUGGUCCGUGGAACACGUAUUGGGCAUCCUGCAGAACCAUAUAACCGACGUCACCUUGACACUGAAGAAACGGCCACGUCACUCAAAUCUAUUCGGUCAGAUGCUGUUCUUGCAACCUUAUAAAAUUCCGCUCAAUCCAGUCUCGAAAGAGAAACAACAGCUCACCAACACCGAAGACGGGGGCCUCCCAGCCGUCGUCGAACCCGAACCGACGAGCCCUCGAAUUCUGCGGGAAAUCGAGGCGGAUGACGACGCGUUUCUACCCGAACCUUCGAUCAGCGGCGAGAGCGACAGCGGUCAGAACUUGGUUCUGCAACUGCGUUCACAGGUCAAACCGAAACGACCUAUACUGCAGCGUCGCGCGACUGUCACGUGUGCCUCUCCCACAGUCUCGAAGCCACCGGUCAGCUUCGAGGACCUCGUCGACAACGCCGAAAUCAGUCGAUUGGGUCUCGCGAAGCCCGCAAAGACCAUGGGGAGUAAGGAUCACGUGACCCGUAGCAUUUCUCACGAUCCUUCGUGCCGUCCUAAGGAACAGCAUCAACAACAACCACCACCACCACCAGCUCAACACAGUCAAUCCCCGCAGCAGCAGCAGCCGCCGCCGUCUCCGCCGCAGCCCCAAGCUCACCAUCAUCAUCAUCAACACCACCAUCACCACCAUCUUCACCACCAUCAUCACUUCGUACCUAUCGAGCCUCAAGAAUCAUCGAAGCGGCUUCAACUUCCGAUGAAUGCGACGUCCGAGUCUGCUCCGGCUUCUGCGAAAGAGCCCAAAAGCGAAGAAGAGCAUCGAGAUGCCAAUCCACCUCCUUCGCCGAAUUUUCCAUCUCCUGUGAAAAAAAGUGUUACCCGCUGAACAAAGUCAAGCCUGAUCCAUGAUCGGAAUCGUUCCGCCGACCAGGCACUCAACUAGUCAGAAGAAUGUGAUGCUUUGUGUGAAAGUAUCUGAUUGGAAGCAGGCUUUCCACGGAAUUCCCGAGCUCUGCCAGCUUCCGGAAAUUUCGCUCGCCCGCAAGCCUGUCUGCGGAGGACUUAUCUCGGAACGUCCAUGCAGAUCCUCGUCAAGGGAAAACUCUAGCGAUGAUUCUUAACUUAUCCUCUGGUUCAAGC